CACUGUACUAUAAAUGAAACGACAGCUUAUGAGCCGUGCUCAAAGCAAGCAGGCGGCCGGAGAACCAAACACACAUACACAUACACACACACACACACACACACACGCGCACACACAAAGGACCGGGGAUGGCGGGGAAACUACUGCGCCUCGUCGUGCUUCUCGUGCCGGGGCUUUUAUCCACACACCUAUGGACCGUGCGGGCGAACCGAGGCGGAGGCGGCGGUGGUGCGUCCCUGGAAGAGGACGGCAGGGACCGGGAGGGCGACGCGGAAACCCCUUGCGAAGUUAAAACCGUCACGGUGUCUACCCUGCCUGUACUACGGGAGAACGAGUUCAGCUUCACCGGCGGCGGUGGUGGUGGUUCGGGGAGCAUGGUCGGAGGAGGAGGAGGAGGUGGUGGUGGUACUGGUACUGGAGCAGGUGGCGGAGGAGGAGGAGGAGGGGAAUCCCGUCUGUUAUUAUUCGUUAGAACAGACCUACCCGGACGAAUUUCCGUCAUGGAUGAUCUUGACAACACGGCUCUUCCUUACUUCACACUCGAGAUGUCGGGCACGGGACCAGACAUCUCCCAGGUCCACUGGAAGCAGCAGUGGCUGGAGAACGGCACGCUGUUCUUCCACGUGUCGGCGACGGGCGGCCCGGAGGCGCCGCAGCAGACCACGCAGCCCUCGGACCGCCAGCCCGCCCACGCCCUGCACGAGCACAUGCACCUGCUGCACAUCUCUGUCAUGGGGGGACUCAUUGCCUUCCUCCUCCUCAUCCUCCUCUUCACCCUGGUGCUCUACACCCGCCACCGCUGGUGCAAGCGCCGCCGCGUGCCCCAGAAGAGCGCCAGCACCGAGGCCACGCACGAGAUCCACUACAUCCCCUCGGUGCUGCUGGGGCCCCAGGGCCGCGACAGCUACCGCGGGGGCUCCUCGGCCCGGGGCCAGCACCAGCACGGCAACUCGGUCAUCGGCGUGCCCAUCCGCGAGACGCCCAUCCUGGACGACUACGACUGCGACGAGGACGACCUGGUGGGGCUCUCGCACAACUCCACCCCCAACCAGCUGCACCACCAGCACCUGAACCUGUGCGACGGCAAGGCGGGGGGGCUUCAGGAGGACUACCGCGAGGCGCACGGCCAGGAGGUGCACUUUAACGGAGUGCACUCGGACACCAUGCGCAAGGAGGACGGCCUCAACAUGAGCUUCGCCGACAAAAGAGUGGUGGACCCGAAGCACGACUCAGUGGAGGACCUGAUGCAGAGGUUCAAGGAGAGUUUCCGCACCCCCAACACCACCAUGGACAUGACCCACUUCCAGCAAACCACACACAGCUCCUCCACGGGCAGAAAGAGGGGCCCCAGCCACACCAGAGUGACGGGGCCGGUGUUCGGACACCAGGUGGACUCGUGUUCGGAGCCCGAGGACGACAACCAGAUGAAGUUCUACACGGAGCAGCACCGGGGUCAGAGACGCAUCAAAGGUCACCCACCCAGUCCUCUGAACAAGGUCAACCUGACGUUGAUCACCAUAAUCACCUGCGUGGUCGCCGCCGUCUUCGCCACGCAGAACCCGUGCACGCUGUCCGUCAAGGUCACCCUGCACGUGCCCGAGCACUUUGUAGCAGACGGAAGUAGUUUUGUGGUGAGCAUGGGCAGCUUCCUGGAUGUUUCAAAUUGGCUGAACCCUGCCCAGCUGACCCUCUACUACCAGACUAACUCGUCCACCCAGUGGGUGAGAGACUACUGUGGCCAGCGCACGACUGAGCCCUGUGAACAGCUGUGUGACCAGGAGACAGGAGAGUGUAGCUGUCACGAAGGCUAUUCCCCUGAUCCAGACCAUAAUCAUCUCUGUCUCCGUAGUGACUGGGGGCGCAACGAAGGGCCGUGGCCGUACACUAACCUGGAGAAAGGCUAUGACCUAGUUACAGGAGAACAGGCCCCAGAGAAGAUAUUCAGGUCCUCCUACAGCCUGGGCCAGGGACUCUGGCUGCCUGUCAGUAAGAGCUUUGUGGUACCGCCGGUGGAGCUGUCAAUCAACCCAAUAGCCAGCUGCAAGACGGACGUGCUCGUUACAGAGGACCCGGGAGAUGUCCGGGACGAGGCUUUGCUGUCCACCUACUUCGAGACGGUGGACGACCUGCUCGAGUCGUUUGGCCCCGUGCGUGACUGCUCCAAGGACAACGGCGGCUGCAAGAAGAACUUCAAAUGUGUGUCCGACCGCAGGCUGGAGUCGUCCGGCUGCAUGUGUCCCGAGGGGUUGAGGCCGAUGAAGGAUGGCUCGGGUUGCUAUGACUACUCGCGGGGCACCGACUGCACCGACGGCUUCAACGGGGGCUGUGAACAGCUGUGUCUCCAGCAGCUGGUGCCACUGGCGGAGGACCCCAGCUCCAGCAACGUGCUCAUGUUCUGCGGGUGUGUGCAGGAGUACAAGCUGGCGACAGACGGCCGCUCCUGCCUCCUGCAGUCUGACAACUGUGAGGGCUCCAAGUGUGUGAGACAGGACGUCCGCUUCAACGACACGCUGUUUGGCGAGAUGCUGCACGGCUACAACAACAAGAGCCAGGAAGUCAACUUGGGCCAGAUAUUCCAAAUGACCUUCAGGGACAACAACUUCAUCAAAGACUUCCCCCAGCUCGCCGACGGCCUCAUGGUCAUUCCUCUACCAGUGGAGGAGCAGUGUAGGGGCGUCCUGUCCGAGCCUCUGCCCAACUUACAGCUGCUCACAGGCGACGCCCAGUUCAACGAAGCCAUGGGCUAUCCCAUGAUGCAGCAGUGGCGGGUUCGCAGCAACCUCUACAGAGUCAAGCUCAGCUCGAUCACCUUGUCUGCAGGCUUCUCCAAGGUGCUGAAGACCCUGUCGGCAGAGAGCUCGCGGGAGGAGCUGCUGGCCUUCCUGCAGCAGUACGGCAGCCACUACGUCUCCGAGGCGCUGUACGGCUCCGAGCUCAGCUGCAACAUCUACUUCCCCAGCAAGAAGGCCCAGCAGCAGCUCUGGCUGCAGUACCAGAAAGAAGCCACAGACCAGGGGGUGAGUGUGGGCGGCGGCGGCGUUGGAGCAGGAGGCGGGCGGAGGGAGUUCAAGGCGGUGCCCUUCAUCGGCUACCUGUCGGCCCUGCUGAAGACCCAGCUGCUGUCCGAGGACCUGGUGAACGGCGUGGAGAUCCGCUGCGGCGAGAAGGGCAGCUGUCCGACCGCCUGCCACCUCUGCCACGCCCAGACCGUGAUCGGCCUGGGUGGGGGGCCGGGAGGAGGAGCGGGAGGAAGAGGCGGUGGUGCCGGUGACGGAGGAGGAAAGGCCAGGGGGGGGCCUGGAGAGCGGCCAUCGCCCAUUCCCGUGCUCCUGGAGGUCAGCCGUGUGGUGCCGCUCUACAGCCUGGUACAGGACAACAUCACCAAGGAGGUGAGGAGGGGGAGGGGGGGAGGAGGAGGAGGAGCAGUAGCCUUCUAUAGGUUUGAGCGGGAGUGGGUUGGAGAGUGUGGGAGUGUUGGUCUGGAGUGUGUGUGUGUGUGUGUGUGUGUGUGUGUGUGUGUGUGUGUGUGUGUGUGUGUGUGUGUGUGUGUGUGUGUGUGUGUGUGUGUGUGUGUGCGUGCGUCUGUGUGCUGGUAUGUGUGUGGGUGGUUGUGUGUGUGUGUGUGUGUGUGUGUGUGUGCGUGCGUCUGUGUGCUGGUAUGUGUGUGGGUGGUUGUGUGUGUGUGUGCGUGCGUCUGUGUGCUGGUAUGUGUGUGGGUGGUUGUGUGUGUGUGUGUGUGUGUGUGUGCGUGCGUCUGUGUGCUGGUAUGUGUGUGGGUGGUUGUGUGUGUGUGUCAUAUCUCUCCACCCAUCUCCAUCUCCCCGUGCUACCUCUCCACACAUCGUCCUUGUGUACCAGGGGAGACUCUGAGCCUGGUGGAUGACAUCUUCUCCGGCCUGGGCUCCUCCUGUGUGGUGGCGGGCAAGAGGAACCGUGACCACGCCCACUCUGCCAUGUACUCUGUGGUCUUCAAGUGCCUGGAACCAGACAGCCUCUACAACCCCCCCCCCCCCUACAGGAAGGCCCACCUGAUCCUGCGGCGGGUGGACAAGAUGAGCCACUACUGCCGGGCGCUGCUGCACAGCGCCUUCAUCCAGAGCCGCACCGACACCAUGGCCUACGUGUCGUGCCAGAGCGAGGACCUCUCGCGGGCGCUCCACAGCGCGGGCGGCGGCGGCGCCCUGCACGGCUCCCUCCACGACACGCGCACCGCCUGCAUCGAGAAGCUCAUCUCGGUGCAGCGCAACACAUACGGCAGCACCAACCUGCGGUGAGGAAACCGGUCGCUGGAGAGACUGUGGACAGAGACAGAGAGAGAGAGAUAGGGAGACACAGGGAGGAGAGAGAGAGAGAGAGAGAGAGAGAGAGAGAGAGAGAGAGAGAGAGAGAGAGAGAGAGAGAGAGAGAGAGAGAGAUGGAGAGAUGGAGAGAUGGAGAGAUGGAGAGAUGGAGAGAGAGAGAUGGAGAGAGAGGGAGAGAGAGACUGCUGCACGUUUUGUCUGGUUAGGCAAUCGGCGAAGAUCGAUUGAAGAUCCCCCCGUGCCGCUAAACAUGGGUCGCUCCAAGGGGACCAGGUUUUUUUUUGUAUAAGAAGAAGAAGAAGAAGAUGAGGGGAAAAGAAACUCAAAGGAUCCAGGGAGCGCCUCACGUAGACCUCAAGAAGUUGCCGGACAUUAUUUGUCGUUGAAAAAGUAAUGAGAAUAGACAUAUUUUGUGUGGCCUAAAAAAACAAACAUCGGUGUGUGUGUGUGUGUGGAGAAGUAGGGAACUGUAUUUUUUUAACUGCAACAAUGCCAGCGAUUGCACAUAUCAACGAGGAAUUGCAGUGUGUUGAACAUGUAAAUUAUCCCUUUGGCCAAGAGGUGGAGAGGAAGAGGGAAAGAGUUGCGCUAAAAAACACUGAAUGUAAUAUUUGAGUUUCUUUACAGUGCUAUAAUAAAAGAGGCUUCUUAGGAAUACAAAAAAAAAAAGGAAAUUUGAAUCUUUGCUCACUUCGUUUAAUGGAGAAAUAAUUAAUGAAGCAGUGAAGCCAUUACCGAGUCUUUUUUUAUUCAUCUCCAAAACUCAUUCAUUUAAAUAAUUUGAGGAUGAUUUCUAACAUUAGAAAAAAUAUAUAGUCUGUACAGAAUAAUACGAUUAUAUGCAAACAUUAUAAAGCGUAAGUGUGGUAGCCAUUUUGGCAAAUAUCGCAAGACAUGAAAUGUGUGGCAGUUCAACGCUAUGUUAUUCAACUGCUGAAUUUGUAGUUGACAAAGACAUGUUUUCUUCUGUUAAGCCAAAUCAUAGUUACACAUAAAAAGAAUCCCCAGCCAAGAGAAAGAGACAACUCUAUUUUUUCGAUUUAAAGAAGGAUAUUGAUUGUACUUAAGUUGAGCCCUAACCCUAACCCUAUUUAUUUAUUGUUUACCUUGGUCUAUGCUAUGUUUGCAUUAGCUUCUCAUUAGUCCGAGCUUUGACCUUCUCAAGAAACGACCACGGAUUUAAAAAUUAUGCGCUGUUGCAUUUUAGCUCGUUAUGUUGUUUCAAAACAUAACGAUAAAAACUAUUCAUUCGUUAAUUCACUUCAUCUUGAGUGUUGACUCCACUGGAUUAAUUUAUGUUCAGGAGUUUUGCCAUAUAUUUAAAGUAUUAAAGAGUAAUCAAUUUAAUCAAUUAUUGAUUUGAAAGUAUUAUUAUAAUGGUGGAAAGAAAAACGGCCCCCCCAUGUGUGAGGCAAAAGAGACUAAAUUGUUUGGAAAUGUGGACAAAUAACAAAUGCUGUCUUCACAUGAUGGUCACUCAAUCGGGGUUUAAUGGACCGAUUCUAACAAUCGAUUUACAUGGAUAGAAAAGUAUUGGAACAUUUCAAUUUUGAUCAUAAGGUGGUUAGGAUAUCGAUAACUUUGCAACAUUUUAAUUUAGAGGAUACAGGCUUUUUUGAUGCAUAUGGUUUUAUGUUGUUGUACAUGAAAAUGUGGAGGAAUAUGUGACUGUUGGAUCACAACCGACUAAUUUCUCGUCCAUCGGAUCAUCCCAGAAGCCAUGGAUAUUGUUUGAAUGAAAAUCUACAAUGCCUUUUUUUAUAUUUCUUUUCAGAUUAUAUGACUUGUUAUAGUAAAUUAUUAUAUUGUACAUUUUAAAUUGUAUAUACGAAUCUGUAUUAUGUGCUUUGAUUGUCUUUUUUCUGAAGAAUGUUAAAUAUUAAAAAUGUAUAGAUAACCACC